AUGCUUGCAUGCGCCAAGGCCCUCGCGUAUUUUUGCAAGGCUGAAGGCAAACCCAAGGUGACGACAGUCGCACUCUUGGUCAGCGCAGGCACGCUAUUUGUCCGCCCGAAAGCUCCUCCGUCCGCCUUGUCCUGGAGCUCCACCGGGCUUCACGGCAGGCCCUCUACCUCCACAACGGCCUCCACCAAGAAACGCAAGAUUGUGCCAGCACAACCAGACAGCCCGAGUCGGGACACAACCUCUGCGCAGCCCCCGAAUGAGGAAGCCGUAGACCCUCGCUCCUCCCCGCACCCCGCUGCCAGCACCAGGGCCUCAGCGUCACCACCACCGCCGCGAUUUCUCCCACCCCACCUGCACGACGAAGUGCUGACUGAAAGCGACACCACGAGCACGCCACGGGACUACCACACUGGAGGCAGCUCUCCCAGCGAGGCAUACGCUGGUCUGACCCUUGGCGACGCCUCCAUGGCUGACGAGGGUACAUCUGGCUCCGAACCGCAACCACAGAGGCGUGCACCGCGUUCGUCGUCGCCCGCCAAGCGACUCCACUCCGAUAUGGCUGACGACAGCAUGGACCUCGACAGCCAGGCAUCCACCACACGCCGGAACAGCGGGCAGUCGAGCCCCCGAAACACCAAGCCCAUCGCCGCCGGAGCAUCACAGCGUAGCGCACGCGCAACGUCGGUCGACAUGGCAGACGCGCCCAACAACAGCGGCUCCGACAAUGCAGACUCGUCCGCCACAAGCAUCGACGCGACGCAGCAGGCAGACCUGCCCAGCCUGGACGAGCAGGUUACCAAGGUCAUGACCAUGAUGCAGAAGCCUUUGGAGGAGCGCCAGGAGGGCUACGUCAUCUCAGAGAAGUGGUUGGAGCGUGUCUGGGCGAGGACGUCAGAGAAUGUUGGCCGACCACAAGACUUCAGCAAGGAAGCUACCCAGGGUCCCAUUGGGCCAGUGGACAACACGUGCCUUGUCGACACCGAUGCCAUGCAGGACGACUUGAUGGACCAGCGUGGCGAAGACUUCGUACCGCUUAAAGAAGGAGCUUCAAUGGGCCAAGACUUUGAGAUCUUGCCCUUAAAAGCAUGGGAGCUUGUCGUCGGCUGGUACGGAGUGAAGACAGGCUCACCUACCAUUCGUCGAUACGCCUACAACACGGUACCAGACAAGAGCACCGAAAAUCUUGAGUACGAGCUCCGCCCGCCUAUCCUCACUAUCCGCAAAGUGCGACAGGCGCCGACGACCGCUGCGGAUACUUCGAGGGUCGCAGGCAAGAUCGUAGCCAGCAAAUACGAGAGCUACUUGACUUUCCUCGAAGCUGCUAAGAAGUCCGCCGGUAUCGACAUCAGAAACAAGGUCCGAGUAUGGAGAAUUCUUAAUAUCGCUGGUUCGGAUAUACCCAAGGAUGCGCAACCGUCCGGCAUGUUGACUCCUGAUGCGUCGCCUCGCGAUGGGUCACCUGUCGUUCCUGCACCCAACCAAUCGCCUGCACUUAUUAUGGAUGCUACGAGUUUCAACAACCUCGCAUAUGGCACGGAGCGUGAGCUUGUCACUGGCAAAGACGAGCAGGCGAACGAAGACUUCAACGAGUCUUUGACAUUGGCUGGUGCUGGUCUGUCCCAAGAUCAGGUUAUCGUUCUUGAGGAACACAACGAAAAGGGCGAAUACAUCUCGGAUGCCGCCAAGGUCGCAGCAAAGAACAAGACUGGCUCUCAGGCAAACAAGGGCAUCCAAAGCACUACAAACAGUGGAACAUCCACACCGACCGGCGGUCCGCUGACACGAAGCAAAAGGCGCGACGGUAGAGUGCGAGGUCACGUUGGCUUGACAAACCUGGGCAAUACGUGCUACAUGAAUUCUGCCCUCCAAUGUCUACGCAGUGUGGAGGAGCUGAGUAUGUACUUCUUGAGUGGCAAGUGGAAAGGACAUAUCAAUGCCAACAACCCCAUCGGUCAUAAGGGUGCCAUCGCUCGAAACUACGCUGCGGUACUGUCUGGUAUUUACGACAUCAAUGCCUCAUCGUCUUUCUCGCCAAAGGCUUUCAAGAACGCUCUUGGUAAGGCCAACAGUCUGUUCUCCGGCUAUGGACAGCAGGACUCGCAGGAGUUCGUAAGCUGGUUGGUCGACGCCCUGCACGAAGACUUGAACCGCAUCCAGAAGAAGCCUUACACGGAGAACCCUGAUUCUGAUGACAACACUUUCCGCGACCCAGAGGCGAUCAGGGAGCUUGGCGAAAUCUAUAGGAACAAUCACAAGGCGCGAAACGACUCGGUGUCCAUGGAUCUUUUCAGUGGUUUCUACAAGAACACCAUGGUCUGCCCUGACUGUGAAAAAGUUAGUAUCACUUUCGACCCUUACAGCCAGCUCACGUUACAACUCCCGAUUGAGCAAACCUGGAACCACACUAUCACAUAUAUACCCUUAUAUGGCAAGCCCUACCAGGUCGAGGUCGACAUGGACAAGAACGCAACGAUUAGAAGCCUCAAAGAGUAUGUUGGCAAGCGAGGUGGGGGCGUUCCCGCUAGUCGCUUGAUGGCAUCCGAAGUUUAUAGCCACAAGUUUUACCGCCAUUUGGAUGAUAAGAACACCAUCGCAGAGUCGAAUAUUGGUGUACGAGACGACAUCUACAUCUAUGAGCUAGACAUUGCUCCCAGCAACUGGCCAGCGCCAAAGAAGAAGGGUUCGGGUUUUAAGCUACUUCUCUCACAUGGAUCUUCUGACGAAGAUGUGCCAGAUUCUGCAUCGCCACUACACGACCGUGUCAUCAUCCCUGUCUUUCAUCGAGGCCCUAACAGUUCUUCGUACAAAUCCAACAACUUCUCCAUGGCAUUGUCGCCAUUUUUCAUCGUUCUCACUCGUAAGGAGGCGAAAGAUCCUGAUGCCAUUUUACGGAAGCUUCUUGCCAAAGUUGCUCAGAUGACCACACGGGACAUAUUAAAUGAGCUUGGCGACUCACCUUUGACCCAAUCUCGAUCUGGCUCUGAUGUUGUGCUUACAACCGAGGAAGACGCCUCUCCAAACGGCGACCCGCGAGUUCAGGAUGGAUCCAUAGAAGGCGAGGAUCUUGUAGAGGUUACCAUGACAGACUCCGUUGACACCGCUUUGGACCAGACCACUGACAAGGAGAAGAUUCCGAGUGUUCUAAAACCUGGUAGUUUCAUCCACCCUGAGUUUAGAACGCUUUUUGAGAUCAAGCACACCAAGAAGACCAACGAAAUCGUCACCACCGGCUGGAGCAGUGUCGAUCCUAGCAAGGCUCUCGAGCCCAUCUCAAAACGUAUCCGUCUGCCACCGUCACGCGAGGAAUCUGUGCAAUCUUCGCCAGAUGGUAGUGAAGGAUCAUCAAGUGAUGAGGACGCCGAUACUCCUCAGUCCAUUGAUGUCGAUGCUGCUAUUGAUGCGGCUAACGUCAGCAGCGACGAGGAAAUGCAGUCAAUUGAGCCCGGGGGUCAUGUAGCCUCGCGAGGCGGUCGACAAAACAAGAAGAAAAGCAAAAAGCAGCGGAAACAGGAGCGAAAGCAAGAGCGAAAACACAAGAACAACAAGAACUUCAAGUCGAAGAAGAACAGAGUUCCAGACCAACCUGAGUAUCCCGACGAUCCCGAAGAUGAAUCAGAAGACAGACUGGUCCGUAUGGGUGAAGGCCUUGUGCUUGACUGGGAUCCCAAUUCCUUUGAGGCCUUAUUUGGUGGAACCACAGCCGACGAUGCCCGCGGUAUGGAUGCAAUGAAGUGGCUCGAGACUCGCGAAGACCCAGAGAUUCAGGCGAAGAAGGAACGGCGGGCCGCGCGUAGGAAGCACGGCAUCACACUCGAUGAGUGUUUCACCGAGACUUCAAAGAGCGAGAUUCUGUCAGAAGACAACGCUUGGUAUUGCAGUCGAUGCAAAGAACUCCGGCGAGCUAAGAAGACCCUUGAGAUCUGGACCGUACCCGACAUUCUCAUCAUUCACCUCAAGCGUUUCAGCGGUCAUCGGACGUUCCGGGACAAGAUUGAGGAACUCAUUGACUUCCCAGUCGAGGGUCUUGAUCUAUCUGGGAAGGUUGGCUUUCCCGAGGGCAAAGAUCUCACGUACGAUCUCUUUGCUGUAGACAAUCACUUCGGAGGACUUGGAGGAGGGCAUUACACAGCCACUGCACAGAACUUCUACGACAAGCAGUGGUACGACUACAAUGUCCAAGCAGCCGAGACCGACGCCACAGCCGACUCUGACGCUGAAGACGACGACUCGAACAACCGCUCACGCCCCCGCGACGCCAACAAGUCGGAUUCGGGAAACGGCCAGCGCCUCGACGGCUCGUCCCGCAAUGGGUCGUCGAGCGCUGGAAUCGGAGCCGCAGCGGGAGCCCUAGCCCAGCGCGGGCAUGGCUUUUCGGAUCGCGGGAGCCUUCUAAAGAGCGGAGCCGGAGUCGUGAACCUGAGCGAUGAUGAAGACAUGCCGCCCAUGGUCGACGGCAGCGCGGACGAAGGCUUCGUCGACGCCGAAGACGGCAACGACUACACCACUUUUGGCGGCUUCCAAGGCUCCAACGAUCCAAUGUGGAGUUUCGAGGCCUUGGGUGCGUCGUCAAAUCGCUUGCACGGUUCCUCCGACGUUGCGUCUGACGCGCCGAACUUGGGCAGCGAGGGCCCGGAUGACCUCAGCUCUAGGAUGCUGGAAGACUUUGGGGACGAUAUGCAUGAUGGGGAGGAUGCGCCGGUGGAUGAUGUUGAUGACGUUCAUGAGAUUAGAGUUCCGAGCGAGUAG